GAUGUUUGUGCUCUGCUUGUCAAAGCCUGUCAGCUGGUUACUCUGGAUCAGGAACAUCUUGUCAGCAAAGUUUGUCAGCUUAUCCAUCACUUACUUAACAGAUAUCAGGUGAUGGUUGAUGAGCAGACUUUGAAUUUCCUCCUCUCCUACUGCAUCUCUGCCCUGAAGCAGUGCAGCUCCUGGACGCAUGUUGAAAUCCUGCAAGCCUUAGCAGCUCUUGUUUACAACAAUGGGCCUAAAUGUCAGAAGUUCCUCCCAGAUCUGCUGGGCAGGUCUGGGCUCCUGGUGCGGCUCAGCGACUCUGCCCAGCCAGACGUGGAGCUCAGGAGAGCAGCAGUGCGUGGCAUGGCCAACCUGUGCCUCAGUGUGCCUGGACAGCCAUACCUGGAUGAGCCCUACAGAAGUGUCUGUUUCCAAACAUUCCUAGGUGUCCUGCAGUCUUCAAAGACCCCUGAGGUAGAUGACAUCGCUUUUUGCAUGCUGCUGCAAAAUGCACUGAGAGGUGUCCAGUCACUCCUCAACGGUGGGAAGAUGAAACUAAUGCAGACUGACCAAAUUGGAGCUCUCCUUGCAGUAUUAAAGAAGUGCAUGUUCCAUGGGCUGCCAGGGCUGAGCAUCGAGGUGCCCACGGCCCUGUACCCUGCUCCUCUGCCUCAGUAUGACAGAAGGUCACCUGGAAAACAGGAGCACUCGGAAGCAGCCCCUGCCAAGCCCUCAGGGAACCGAAGGAAGAAGUCCAAAGGGAAACAGAAGAAGGGAGAGCCUGGGGAGGAAGGAGGAGAGGAGGCAGGGGCUGCAGGAGCAGAGGCAGUGCCUGUGUCAGACGUGCUGAAGCUGCAGCUGGAGGAUGUGCAGAGCAGUCCCUGCCUGGACCGGCCCCGUGCGCCCGACGCCGUGUGCUCCUCCUGGAGAGGUGUCAGCAGCAGUGAGUCCGAGUACUCUGAUGCUGAAGGUGGAAUACAGAGCAAAGUGAGGUCUUACCAAGCCACCGUCCGUCAGGGGGCUCUGGCCUGUUUCCUCUCUGCUACCAAAUCGAUUGAGAAGAGAGUUCUUUAUGGCUACUGGUCAGCAUUUGUUCCUGAUGCCCCUGGGAUUGGCAGCCCCCAGUCAGUGUCUCUGAUGACUAUUGCCCUGAAGGACCCUUCUCCAAAGACCCGUGCCUGUGCUCUCCAGGUUCUCUCAGCCAUCCUGGAAGGUUCUAAGCAGUUUCUCUCAGUUGCUGAAGAUGCCAAUGAUCACAGGAGAGCGUUCACUCCCUUCUCUGUCACUAUUGCUUCCAGCAUCCGUGAGCUGCACCGCUGCCUGCUGCUGGCCCUGGUGGCAGAGUCCUCCUCCCAGACACUCACACAGAUAGUCAAGUGCCUUGCAAACCUGGUUUCCAACGCGCCCUACAACCGACUAAAGCCUGGGCUGCUGACCAGAGUGUGGAGCCAGAUAAAGCCCUACAUCUGCCACAAAGAUGUGAACGUCAGAGUUUCCAGCCUAACCUUGCUCGGGGCAAUAGUCUCUGUCCAGGCACCUCUGCCAGAGGUGCAGUUACUGCUGCAGCAGCCGAACUCCUCGGGGCGGAGCAGCAGCGGCAGCACGAGCCCUCGUCGCUGUGCCCCCUCUGAGCUGUGGAGAAGAGCUCUCCCCCCCUCAGAGGGAGGAUGUGCAGCAGGCUGUGCCUCUCCAGAGCCCUGCUGGCUGCUCCGACUGUGUGUCUCCAUCGUGGUCCUGCCCAGGGAGGAUUCCUGCUCCGACAGCGAUGCCAACUUCCCGUCCUUGUCCAGCGUCUACGAGCCCUGUCCCCUGCGGCUGGAGUCCUUGCAGGUGUUGGCUCUUCUUGUGAAAGGUUAUUUCCCUAUGGCUCAGAGCUAUUUCCUAGAGCUUGGAGAAGUGGCUUGCAGAUGCAUGGAAGAAAUGGAUCCAUCCAUUCAGCUUCAUGGAGCCAAACUGCUGGAGGAGCUGGGCACUGGUGUCCUGCAGCAGUACAGACCUGACUCAGCUAUUGCCCCUGAGCAGAGAGUGCCAGUCAGUGUGGUUGUGACUUUCUGGACUAUGAUGCUGAAUGGCCCUUUACCUGGCACUCUGCAGAGCUCUCCUCACGCCACGCUCCAGACAAGUGCCUGUGAUGCUCUGUCCUCUAUCCUGCCAGAAGCUUUCAGCCUUCUGCAGGAUGAGCAGCAGAUCCUGUGUGUGACACUGCUGCUUGGCCUGAACCACAGUGAGAACCCCCUGGUGAAAGCAGCUGCUGCACGUGCCCUGGGUGUCUACGUCCUCUUCCCGUGUCUUCGGCAGGAUGUGAUGUUCGUGGCAGACACAGCAAAUGCCAUUCUGAAUUCCCUCCACGACAAGUCUCCCAACGUGCGAGCCAAGGCAGCCUGGUCCCUGGGCAACCUCACAGACACCCUGAUCAUCAACCUGGAAACCAUGGGACAAAGCUUUCAGGAGGAGCUUUCUGAUGUCCUGCUGCUGAAAAUGUUACGUUCUGCCACAGAGGCAUCCAAGGACAGAGACAAGGUAAAGAGCAAUGCUGUCCGUGCCCUUGGGAACGUGCUGCAUUUCCUGCAGCCCCAGCACAUAGCCAACCCCAGGUUCAGGGAGGCCAUCGAGGAGUCCCUCCAGGCCCUCAUCGGCACCGUGCAGAGCGAGGCCACCAUGAAGGUGCGCUGGAACGCGUGUUACGCGCUGGGCAACGUCUUCAGGAACCCUGCCCUGCCCCUGGGAGAGGCUCCUUGGACCACACAGGCAUACAGUGCCCUUUCCUCAGUGGUCAAAUCCUGCAAGAACUUCAAAGUGCGAAUCAAGUCGGCCAUGGCCCUGUCCAUCCCGAGCCGGAGGGAGUGCUACGGCUCCACGGAGCAGUUCUGCCAGAUCUGGAGUGCCUUGGUGGUGGCCUUGCAGAGGAGUGAGGACACAGAGGACUUCCUGGAGUUCAAGUACUGCUCCAGCCUGAGGACCCAGAUCUGCCAAGCUCUGCUGCACCUGCUGCGGCUGGCAAAGAGCACGGACCUGCCCGUGGUCUGGGCAACCAUCCGGGACCACGGCGAGGCCAUCAGACCCUACGUGCUGCAGUACCUGAGGUCUGCAGGGGAGGAAAACGAGGCAGGGAUGGACCUGGCAGAGAGGGAGAGAGGAUUGCAAGGAGCCAUCGACCAUCUGAGUGGGCUGGAGAAACAGCUGGAGGGCAAGGUGAGGGUGAGAGUGUCUGUGUACCUGGAGGAUGUCCUGACUAACCACACCAGUGCCAGAGAGCUAGCAGAGGCUUAG